AUGAAGCUUGUUUUAAGCUUGGCCGUUUUUGUGUGUGGAGUGUUUUGGGGAACCAGUGGCUCCACAAGUACUACCACACGUCGAGUGGGAACCUAUGGCUCUACAGGAACGACUACUCGUCCAGGGACACCCAGUGCCAGAAUGAUUGGGACUACAGUUCCCCCUGAAGAAGACCCUUCGAAAUACAAAGAACAAAAUGCCACCAGAGUGCUCGAAAUGAACGCUACGCAAUGGGUCAAGUGGCGCACGUAUAAUGUGACAGAAUUUUUGAGCAAUACCCCUUUGGAGUGUGAAAAUUUCAAUAUUACGAAAAAGAUAACACCGAGUAAUUACUCGUUGCAUUGUAGAUAUAGAAGUGGAUUUGAUUGGAAAACAAUCAACGAAAACCUAAUUUUGAAGGAGAUGGGUGGGCACGGUUUCCCAAACGACAUGUACUUUGCGAGGACUCCUUUUGGCAUUCCAACGGACAAUCUCGUGUUGUAUUCUAACUACAUGAGCUGCACCAUUCUUCGAAUCCCAUUCACAAAUCAAGGAGAGAGACAUUGCGACCUGUGGAUGGCCAAUAUGACUCUUUCCCAAGAAACCCCCGACGAAUGCCUGAACAGGUUUUUUGAAUAUUGCAACACGACGAAGAUUUACCGCGUUUUCUAUCCUAAUUGUACAAACCAGUAUAUACACUUUUAA